UUACUCAGCACCGAUUAAAAAAACUGCCAGCCACGUUUUCAAAUUUGGAGCCCUGUGUCACGUGUUUCCGCUUUGGCGUGCUACUUUCUUCCGUGUAUGGUUACCAUAGUGACAGACCUCGCUUUGCAGAUGAGCGUUUGGUCAAACAGCGGCAGGUAUGAAUGCAGAUGCAGUUUUCUCUCUUCAAAACCAGUCCACUUCCACUGACUGUAGUGGGAAGGUCCCUGUGGAGCACCUGGACUAUGAAUACAUUGGAAAAUGCAAAGAUGUAAAAUACCUGGAGAAGAUCUUGAGAGUACUGAGGUCUGGCGAUGAGGGCAUUUAUCCUCAUCUGAUCAAUUUCUGUGAGACUCACUUAGAGAGACUGGACCCUAGGAGUCGAGCUCUCAGGAAGGAAAACCCUGUGGCCACUGCAGCCAGCCUCUCUAACGACGAGUGGAGCCAAAUUGUUGAGGAGUUGAAGAUGUGGCAAGAAGAAACCAAAAAGACUGAGAAUUUAUUAAAACAGCAGUCAAUGUUGGAUGAUCUAGCAAAAGAAAAUAUGCCUCCGGUUAGAGGUUCUAAUUGCUCCGUUUCGCUCAGUCAGACUUCAGUUUCAAAAGAGAAGAGGAACCCUCUCCCACGAGAUUAUCGAGAAUGGGACAAGUUUGAUGUGGAAAAAGAAUGUGAAAGAAUCAACGGAAAUGUGGUCAAAAAUGAUCCACCUGUCAUUAUAAACAAAGGACAUCCUAAAAUUAAGGCUAAAGUGGAUGCUUCACUGUUGACACAACAGGAGAAACUCCUUCUGGCGAAUCGCGAAAAGGACAAAGGCAAUGAGGCUUUCAGGGCAAACGAUUAUGAGGAGGCAGUUGCAUACUAUUGCAGGAGCCUUUCCAUUAUACCAACUGUGGCUGCAUACAACAACAGAGCCCAGGCAGAGAUCAACCUCAAGCACUGGCACAAUGCCAUGAGAGACUGCCAGAGGGUGCUUGAGCUGGAAACAGGCAAUAUGAAAGCCCUGCUGCGUCGUGCCACUGUUCAUUAUCACAUGGGUAACUUCCAACUGGCUGCUGAAGACCUGAGGACGGUCCUUAGGGAAGAGCCGCAGAAUGGUGCAGCCAAUCAACUUCUUUUUAAAGCUGAGAAGAAGAUGAGGGAAUGUCAACCAGAGAAGCAACUCAAAGGCAAAAAAAUCCUCAUCCAAGAGGUAGAAGAGGACGAUGACAACAGUAACGAUGAGAAUGCUUGUCCGGUUGAACCUAUCCAGCCUGUGGGAGGGGAGGAGAGCUCAGCUACUCCUGUCGAAAGGGGAGACAUGGGUAACGCUCAAAAAAAGCCCCACAGCAGAGGGGACGGGGGUCCACACAGUGAGUCCAGCAACUCCCACCACGGACACUGGAAGAGUAAAGGAGCCAACUCUGACAAGUACAAAGUCACGCAAGAGUCCAAGGAAAAGGUAACCAAUGGAACAGGCAAGAGGGGCUCGACAGCUUCAGUCCAGGCUGAUCAGAGCAGCAGCGGUAAGGGGACUUCGGCUGGAGGAAAUGCAGGAGAAACUGUCAACCUUGAUGCCCCAUGUGGAGCCCUGCCCCCACCUCUGGCCCGGCUAAAGAAUGAAGGAAACCUUCUGUUUAAAAAUGGACAGUUUGCCGAUGCACUGGAGAAAUACUCACUAGCCAUUCAGGGCUACACAGAUUCAGGGAUUGACAGUCCAGAGGACCUGUGUAUUCUAUAUUCUAACAGAGCAGCUUGCUACCUGAAAGAUGGCAACAGUCAAGACUGCAUACAGGACUGCACAAGGGCCCUGGAACUGCAGCCGUUCUCCCUCAAGCCCCUCCUGCGUCGGGCCAUGGCUUAUGAAUCCCUGGAGCGUUACCGUCAGGCCUACGUGGAUUACAAGACCGUCUUGCAGAUAGACAUCAGCGUGCAAGCAGCACACGACAGUGUCAACAGGAUCACCAGGCUACUGAUCGAGCAGGACGGUACAGAGUGGAGAGAGAAACUUCCAGACAUUCCUCUGGUGCCUCUAUCAGCUCAGCAGCACCGCAGGGAGGAGCCACCCAGCGCAGAGGUCCUCCAGGCUCGAGCAGAGAAGGCAGCCAGGGAUGCAGAAAGGAAAGCAGAAGUCCGUUUUGCAGGUUUGAAGCAAGAAGGGAAUGACUUUGUGAAGAAGGGCCAAUACCAGAAUGCACUGGGAAAGUACACUGAAUGCCUUAAGCUAAAGCCUUCAGAGUGUGCAAUCUACACCAACAGAGCCCUGUGCUACUUGAAGCUGGAGAGGUUUACUGAGGCCAAGCAGGACUGUGACGCAGCACUGAAACUAGAGCCAACCAAUAAGAAGGCCUUCUACAGACGAGCCCUGGCCAAUAAAGGCCUCAAGGACUACCUGGCUUGCAGCUCUGACCUUCAGGAGGUGCUGCAGCAGGAUCCCAAUGUGCAGGAGGCUGAGAAGGAGCUGGAGGAGGUCACAGUGCUGCUCAGACAGAGUCUAGCCAAUGGUUCACCAGCCAAACCCAGGAAGACUGUAGCCAUCACAGAGGUUGAGGGUGACGAGGAAACAACCAUUCCGAACUCAGAUAGCAGCUGCAGAGGAGAAGACCUCACCGUCAACCUCCAGCCUACCAACGCCUACGAGUUCGGCCAGGCUCUGAACGCAGCCCGCUGCAAUGGAAACACAGCCGCCUGCGCUGAUCUGCUAGCCUCCACGACCCCACAAAUGCUUCCGCAGCUCCUGAGCACCCAGCUGGAUGGACCCAUCAUCAGCUUCAUCAUGCAGGCGCUAGACUCACACCUCCUGGAGAAAGACCCCAACUUAGUCUACCAACACCUCAACUAUCUGCACACUGCAGACAGGUUCUCGGUUGUACUGAUGCUGCUGGAGAAGGACGAGCGUUGCCACAUGACUCAGCUGUUUGAGCAUCUGUCCGCAGCAGAGUGCACAGAGUUCACUAAGAACGAUGUCCAGAAUCUGGCCAACAAAUACAUCUGACCCCCCUGCCCCUGCUCUCCGCUGCACGAGCUGUUACACCACUACAACUCUCCGAUCUAUGCAAAACACUGCACAAGAACUGCUGCUCAUUGUGCCCCAGAGCAAUAUAAUGGACCUGAGUCACAUUCACUCUACUGGUCUGUGCUGUGAUCUGAUGAGCUGAUCACUGUAUGUAUGAGUGACAUUAUAAGGAAUAUAUUUUUUUUCUCUCUAGAACAUUUUCCUAUGCAGAUUUACUUUUGUACCACCACUAACCAUUUUCAUUGUACCAUGGGCAGGCAGUAAGAUACUAUGGAUCUUCACUUUAAUAUACUGAUAAACAGGGUCCAAUGUACACCGAUUCAGGCAAGCGUUUCAGGCUCAUGUUCCCACAACUGAGUUCCAGUUGUUUGGGCCCUUGAACCAUGUCAGUUUUCUGAUAUCAGUCAUUUGAUAAAGGGGUCUCUGUUAUACACCAGCUAAGAUCAGAAAUGAUAUUCAGUGCAUGCUGAAUAUUACCGAGCACAGGAACAUGUGAGGUCAUUUGCUUCUAAGCUAAUUAGAUGUUCCUAGCCGCAGGACAGAAGCUUAAGAUAAAGUUUAAAAGAUAUCACUUUUGUUAUGACCAUAUGUACAGUAUUAUGUCUGUGGGAGAAAAAGGCCUGCACGAUAUCUCGUUAGUACGAUAAGAGUAUCUGUUGAACUGAUAUUGACUGAAAACAUUUUAAGAAAAAAUACAGUACACAACUCAGAUGCUCUUUUAUUUAUUCAGCUAUGCAAUUAGCACAUCCGAGUUCUCACAUAAAGUCGUUCUUAAAGGCUGGUUUUUGGGCCGUUUCCAUUAGGAGUAACAUAAAGUAAAUGCAUCCUAUUUGUUUACCAAAUUAGCCUGCCUGCCAGUGCGUGUCUGUGCAUUCAUCUUCACAGCAGUUCAGCCACACAGGUGUGUACACACUGGAGAGAAGCAGCAUCUUUAUGAGAUGUGUGCCUUGGAUUUCAGACUAGGGGUCGACUUACAUUUUGGUGAGUGUGCAGAUGCUCCUAAAAAGAGAGUAUAUUUAUGUCAUUUAGUUGCUUUUAUCAAAAUGUGCAAAGGCUUGGAUUUAUGCAUCAUAAAUCAUACAUAUAUUCACUUAGCUACAUGCAUGUAAUUGUUUAAAAUGUCAUUUAUUUGCUUUACGACAUUCUGUCCUUGUUGAGUAUUUAAAUAGUUAAUAUUUCAGUCCUCCGAAAUUGAAGACUGCCUGGAUGCAACCCCCAACCUAUUCUUUGCUUUCAAGUGUUUUAUUAAUUCUACAUGAAUGUACCAAAUUUAUUUCAGGGGACAAGUUGGGGGUCAAGUUCCACAGUUCCUGUUCAACGUGGUUUUAACAGUGUAGUUCUGUAGAGCUGUACAACAUUCACAGAGGGCUAUUCAAUAAACUGGAAAAAAAUG